AUUGCUCGUCUCCAUAUCUCACCUCGUUUGUACUGUUUCUUAUAUAUAUAUAUAUAUAUAUGGAUCGAAGAAUUCGGAUUCUCGAACUCAAUGUAAUUUUGCUUCCCAUUAGAAUCUCGGGCCUCAUAUUUAUGUAUUUGAUAAGGAUCAACAGAGUCUUCUUGAUCUGUUUGAGGAGGAAAUUUUAACAUCUUCAUCCAUUUUCUGUUCUGGAGUUUUAAGCCUAAGGCCUAUUUUAAUCUGGCGUCUCUUUUUUUUCCCCGUUAUUCAGUCUGGCAUAUUUAUUAAUUGCAUGCAUUUGCUUGGAUUUUAACAUCAUUCUGACUGUUCAUUACGUUCUUUUGGUCAUUUUAGCCCUGGCAUCUAACAUCAGGAUGCAAUUUUUUGCUUUGAAUUGGCUGGCUGGCUUUUAACUAAAAACUUGCCCUGGCGUGGAUUUCUGGAUAUGGCAAAAAGUGGAACCACAUUUGUGAAAACACAAAGGAUACAGGGCUUUUACACCGUCCUCACAUCUGCAGCUUGUGAGUGGUUUUUGAUAUUUCUUCUUCUCAUCAAUGCCGUGAUAUCAUAUCUGCUGACAACAUUUGCAAGAUACUGCAAACUGCAAACCCCUUGUGUGUUGUGCUCGAGAAUUGAUCAUGUAAUAAAUGGUGAAAAACUAGAAUUAUAUCAGAAUCUACUUUGUAGCAAUCAUAGAUCAGAAAUAUCAUCUCUUGUAUCGUGCCGCAUUCAUGAUAAGGUUUCAGAUGGUCAUGGAAUGUGUGAUGAGUGCCUCAUGUCGUUCGCCCCAAACGAUAAACCCACUCCAAAACAAAGGUUAUUAUUGGGUAAACUGGGACCAGCUCUUGGUAAUCAAGGUUCUCAAAGCUCAUUUACCAAUAGAGAUACGUUCACCAUGGGCUCAAAGCCAUGUACCUGUUGUGGAAAGUUUUGGAACUCAAUGCUGAGUUCUCAAAGAUCGCUACUACUGAAAUCUCCCAGGAUAACUGUUUUCAAGCCAGACUUUACUUUGCCAGAUAUAUACAGGAAAAACUGUCGAAACCACCAGAACAGCCUCAAGAGGAUAUGUGAUAAGCCUUCUUGCUCAGUAAAGUGCAAUUCCGAUUCAUUGUCUAAUUAUGCUGAGUACACUGAGGUGAAACUUGCUUCUGAUUCUGAAUCUGAGUUUGCAUUUUCUGAUGAUGACAAUAUUGGAAGUCAAAAUCAUCAAAAUCAUGAAAACAUUGAAGCUAGGAACAAUCUUUCGCCCCAAUUUACAGCAGCCGUUCCAUCAAAAUAUCUUCCAAGCGAUUCAAAUCUAACAAAGCCAUACAUUGUUCCGCCCAAAACUGAGCCUUUGCUUUUAUUUCCGUGUAUAAAGCCUGACAUCAGAAACCGUCCUGAUGUCAACUCCACCGUUUCUGAUGCUGUUAAUGACCAUGGUCUUGGAGAAGUUAAAUGGCAACAGCUCAAUCAAAAGUCAUUGAGUUCUGAACUGCCAGAGCUCAUUUCACUAAAUGAGGUUUCACCGACACCUAAUGUAGCGGAUAUUACUAAUCAAGAACCAGAAAGGAGUAAGAAUACUUGCCUUUCUCAGAAUUCUCUCCCUGCUGCACUUUCUGAGCUUGUAACUUCAAAUUCUCAUCCAUUGGCUGGCACAUCGCCGGAGAAAUAUGUUGAUAAUACACAAGCAAGUAUUAUUGGAUGUGCAUCCAAAAACGAUGAGGAAGCCUCAGAGGGAACAGUUUUAACUAUAGGAGCAUCCAUUGAAACUGCGCCCUGUGGAAAUGAUUCAACAUUUUCAAAUCGUGGGCGUGAUAAGUCAAGUAAUGAUAAUGACAUCCCUAUCACAAAUGAGGAAAGAGAAGUUCCUACUCUUGUACAUGAACAUCCAUCUCCAACUGAAGUUAAUGGAGUAAAUGAAGAAUUAAAGCUAUCACAUUCUCCCAAUUCUUCUCCCCAGGGAUCCAGUAUGUCAUCAGCUAUUCUCAUUAAACAAGUUAAUGCUCUUGAUAUGCAAACCAACACUUCAAGCUCCAAUGCAAUUCAAGAACUUCAGAAGGCCGCUUCAAUAGAGCCUGUUCUUGGGUCUCUUGAAGGAUACUGUGUCAGUGAAAUUGAAGGGGAGUCGAUUGUUGAUCAACUAAAGCGACAGGUUGAGCAUGACAAUAAAUGCAUUGGCGCUUUGUAUAAGGAGCUGGAGGAAGAAAGAAAUGCUUCUGCAAUUGCUGCAAAUCAAUCUAUGGCUAUGAUCACCAGGUUACAGGAGGAGAAGGCAGUGCUACACAUGGAAGCCCUCCAAUACUUGCGAAUGAUGGAUGAGCAAGCAGAAUAUGAUGGAGAGGAAUUGGAAAAGGCUUAUGAUCUACUGGCAGAGAAGGAGAAAGAAAUACAGGAUUUAGAAACAGAAUUGGAAUUUUAUAGGUUAAACUUGGAAGAUGAACCUAUGGGCCAGAAUAUGCACAAGGAGAGUUGUGACUUGAAAGGAAAAAACACCACUGUGCAAAAUUUUAGUGUACCUCCUAUCACCAUUUCUUCCAAUUCAAAGCUGGCCGAGUUAUCUGUGGCUCAUGAAAUCUCAUUAGAAUUUGAAGAGGAAAAGUUGUACAUCUCCAAUUGUCUGAGAAGUUUGGAGAGGAAGCUUUGUCAAAUUUCUGAUAAUGGUAUUGCCUUCAAUAUGCCAAAUGAUAGACCUGAAAACUCUGAAGAAAGUAGAUCUGAUCAACAAGGAUCUUCUAAUGGUGAAAGACCUCAAUCAGACUGUCAAAAAGAUAAUAAUGUUUUGUCUAUAAAGGGAGAUCAUAAUACUUCUAACGGAAGCAUUACUGAUCAGGAUGGCUCAGUUGCUUCAAAAAGUGAUGCAUGUUCCCCUUGUGAAGAAAAUAAUCAUUCAGUAUCUGUUGAGGGAAAAAAUUCCAUGCAAGGAAUAAGUGUUAAUUUGGCUGCUGUUGAAAACGAAAUAUCAGACCUUAAUGAAAGGCUGGAAGCACUUGAAGCUGAUCAUGAUCUUCUGGAGCAUAUAUUGCAUUCACUUCGAGAUGACAAUGAUAGGCUACAAUUUAUUCGAGACAUAGCGCAUCAAUUGCAUGAGCUACGAAAAAUGGGCACCAGACUAAGAUGAUGUAUCAAGAUAGGAAUGUUGAAUUAGAAAGAUUCGUCGUCAGUUUCUUGUAAUGAAAUGAUGAUUGGGCGAGGAUGACAAUUAAUGUUUAUUUUUUCAUGGUUUUGCCAACCUUCUGUUAAGAAUCAACCUGUCAGAAUUGGGGGUCAAGCACAGGUAUCUCCGCAUCUGCAUCGAACACUUCCUACAACAUAAAAUAGUAGCAGCAAAUUUGGGCUAUAAUGGAUUGUGAUCUCUGGCCCUUGUUUUGUUAGUAGAGUGUGGGUGAGCUAAUAAUAUUUCUGUAAGUUGGUGACAAAAAACACUUGCUUUGCAAAUCUAGAGCCCUAACUGACUGAGUUUAUACCUGUCACCGCAUGUGGUGGUUACAGAGGGAGGACAUCCCCAUUUUGUCAAAAAUAGUUUGUAAAUUAAUUAAUACGGUCAUUUUUCAAGAAAAGGAGAGACGGAAAAAAGUGGAAGGAGGUUGAGGCAUAGAUUGCCUGAUAAAUAUAGCUCAUUACUUCAUUGGUCAGACAACCUGAUGUAUAACUACGUCGUAUUAUAUUCAUACUAUUAUUAGAAUGAUAAUUAUAUUC